ACACUGUGGAGUGCGGGGCACAUGGAAGGCUGCCGUUGCGCGGGCGCCCCGCGGAAUCUCUCUCCCGGGUCCUCCAGCCCAGCAGGGGCCAGAGCACCCCGAGACAGAGCUGCUGGGAGACCGGCGCGGCGGCCCGAGGGCGGUUUGGUGGGGAAGGCGGUGAAAAUGGGGCCGGGGCUCUUACCCACAUUGGGCCCGCGCCAUCUGGAGCUCCAGUGAGGCCUGUGUUACCACUUCGGAGCAGGAUAGAAAAGGGAACAGGGAAAUCACAAAAUGACACCGGCAUGGUUCGCUUUCCAACAGUCAUUUGGAAUAAAACAGUAGAACCUAAUGUCCGCUGAAAAGCAUUUCCACUUUUCUGGGAAUAUGUCAUUAAGGCCGGUUAUGCCGCUGAUGUAGCAAGUCUCAGUUCCGCUGCAAAAGAUGCUGAGCUCCCACUCUCCUUUCUUGCCUCUUACUUGCUUACAGGGUUGGGUUUCCUAGUUAGUUUACAGCUUUAUGCUGUUCUGCCUUUAAUCAUCCCAAUGUGAAUAAUUCUGGAGCCAGUUUAGUUCACCUGUUAUUUGACAAAGGGAAGCUGGGGAACAAGGGAAAGUAAGCCCACUUCAUGUAAGAAAGCAGAGUUUGCUAAGGGCUUCCAGCCUGGUUAUUCUGUCUUUCCCUACAACCCUGUAGGGAGGUAGAGCAGGGGUUUGAGACGCAGGGGUUUAAGUGCCUUAGCCAUCUCAAAACUAGAACCUGGUCUCUGGUGCCUUUUGUUUUGGUUUACUUCAUCAUCCCCUCCCUUCUCCUGGGACCGCUUCCCUGUGGGGCUGGAUGUGCUGUGCAGCCUCAAGCCCCUUGGGGCUGCUCAGAGCGGGUUUGCUGACCACACCAGAGGUCUGAGUGACCCGUGGUAAAAUGAGGGUGCCUGGAAGGAAACAGUAGGCAGGAAUUAAUGGUUGUGGGUGCCUGCUAUGCCCAGAGGACUGUGCUGGCCGGGUUCGUGUUCUCAGUGGCGAGAGGAUGGGGGUGGAUGGGAUACAGGGCACCCUGCACCUCCUGGCUGUGGAGUGUAUGUUCUGAGGAGACUCCCUAGGGGCCAGAGAGAGACAUUUGACCUCUGAGCCCUUCACCAGCUUGUCCUCCCAGAAAUGGGCAGCAGGCAGAUGAGAGGCUCUGCUGGCCCUCAUGACUUCUGUGUGUUAUAAGCAUUUGCAGGACCUGAGAUGCUCCGCUUCUCUGCGUGAGCUGGUCAUCGAGUCUGCUGCAGCCCUUUCAGAACCUCUGGCUGGCUGGGGGCUUCGCGGUGCUCCUUGCCAAGAUGAAGUGUGUCUUGGUGGCCACAGAAGGUGCAGAGGUCCUCUUCUACUGGACAGACGAGGAGUUUGCAGACAGUCUACGGCGGAAGUUUGCGUUUGAGGGAGAGGAGCUUCCCGCCCUGGAGGACCAGCUCAGCACCCUCCUGGCCCCGAUCAUCAUCUCCUCCAUGACCAUGCUGGAGAAGCUCUCAGAUACAUACACCUGUUUUUCGACGGAAAAUGGCAACUAUCUGUAUGUCCUUCACCUGUUUGGAGAAUGCCUUUUCAUUGCCAUCAACGGAGACCGCACGGAGGGCGAGGGCGACCUACGGCAGAAGCUGUGUGUGCUCAAGUACCUGUUCGAGGUGCACUUCGGGCUGGUCACCGUGGACGGCCAGCUCAUCCAAAAGGAGCUGCGGCCCCCUGACCUUGAGCAGCGAGUCCGGGUGUGGGAGCACUUCCAGAGCCUGCUGUGGACGUACGGGCGCCUGCGGGAGCAGGAGCAGUGCUUCGCCGUGGAGGCUGUGGAACGGCUGAUUCACCCUCAGCUCUGUGAGCUGUGCAUAGAGGCCCUGGAGCGGUAUGUCAUCCAGGCUGUCAACUCCAGCCCCGAGAGGGCCGGCGAGGAGGCCCUGCACGCCUUUCUGCUCGUGCACUCCAAGCUGCUGGCCUUCUACUCCAGCCACAGUGCCAGCUCCCUGCGCCCGGCUGACCUUCUUGCCCUCAUCCUCCUGGUCCAGGAUCUCUACCCCAGCGAGAGCACAGCGGAGGAUGACGACCCUCAGCCUUCUCCCCGGAAGCCCAGGAGCAGCCAGAGCAUCCCAGUGCAGCAAGCCCGGAGCCCUGCCUCCACAGCCCGGGCCAGGAGGAGUUCCGAGGCAACUGAGACCGACAGCUUCUCCCUCCCUGAGGAGUACUUCACGCCCGCUCCUUCCCCCGGAGAGCAGAGCUCAGGUAGCACUGUCUGGCUGGAUGAGGGCACCCCACCCACGGAUGCUCCCCAGGUCCAGAUAGCUGAAGACACCCUCCAGGUGCUGGUCCCACCCUCCCCAGUAGCUUCCGGCCCCAGAAGGAUCUUCCUGGAUGCCAGCAUCAAGGAGAGCCACUGCCCCAUGGUGCCCCACACUGCAUACUGUCUGCCCCUGUGGCCAGGCAUCAACAUGGUGCUCCUGACCAAGGGCCCCAGCACCCCCCUGGCUCUCGUCCUGUACCAGCUGCUGGACGGGUUUUCCCUGCUGGAGAAGAAGCUCAAGGAGGGGCAAGAGGCCGGGAGCACCCUGCGGUCCCACCCCCUCAUGGGGGACCUGCGUCAGAGGAUGGACAAGUUUGUCAAGAAUCGCAGGGGGCAAGAGAUUCAGAGCACCUGGCUGGAGUUUAAGAGCAAGGCUUUCUCCAGGAGCGAACCCGGAUCAUCUCAGGAGCUGCUCCAGGCCUGCAGCAAGGUGAAGCGACAGCUUUGUGCCAUCUACCGUCUCAGCUUCCUGAGCACGGCUCCAGGCCGGGGGGGCCCCCAUCUGCCCCAGCAGCUACAGGACCAGGUCCAGACCAUCAUGCAAGAGAAGCUGAUGGACUGGAAGGACUUCUUGUUGGUGAAGAGUAGGAGGAACGUCACCAUGGUGUCCUACCUAGAAGACUUCCCAGGCUUGGUACAUUUCAUCUACGUGGAUCGCACGACUGGCCAGAUGGUGGCCCCUUCCCUCAGCAGCAGUAAAAGGAUUUCAUCGGAGCUGGGCAGGGGGCCGUUGGCCACAUUCAUCAGAACCAAGGUCUGGGCUCUGAUCCGGCUGGCACGCAGAUACCUGCAGAAAGGCUACACCACGCUACUCUUCCGGGAGGGCGACUUCUGCUUCUCCUACUUCCUGUGGUUCGAGAACGAGAUGGGGUACAAACUGCAGCUGAUAGAGGUGCCCGUCCUCUCGGAUGACUCCGCGUCCUUCGGCGUGCUGGGAGGAGACUACUACAGGAAGCUCCUGCGCUACUAUAGCAAGGGACACCCCGCUGAGGCCGUAAAGUGCCACGAGCUGCUGACCCUCCACCUGUCGGUCAUCCCCACGGACGUGCUGGUACAGCAGGCCGGCGAGCUGGCCCGGCACCUGUGGGAGACCUCCUGCCUCCCUGUGCUCUAGGCCAGCGCAGCCCGGGUGUGCACCCCUGGUCCCCAUGCAGAAAAGCCACCAGGGGUGGAACAGCCCCCUGGGUCUCUUAAAGAAACCAUCUAGACUAGGCUCCCUUCCAGGUACCAAACUCCCAAAUUCUCUUUGGAGGAGGAGGGAGGUGGGAAGGGUCCCUUGUUCUCCUUAAAACAACAGGGGCUGUGAGGGUAGACCUGGGGCACCUGCUUUCAGAGCUGCCUCUCCCUUUAUCCCCAGGAGACAGGGAGUCCCCAGUGCCUGCAGGUGUCCGAAGAUCCCUCCUUUAGGCUCCUUGGAGUGGAGAAAGAGCUUCCUCAGGAAGCUGGUUCCCUCCCCAAAUGCAGGGUGCUGCCUUGGCUGGAUGGGAGUUCCCACUGUGCCCCUUCCUCUCUGCAGCUCAGGGCGGGUCUCCCACACCUGCACCCCAUUCCCUGCCUUCGGAGGGCUGGCACCGACCUCUCAGCAUGGCUGGGAGGGUGGCCCGGCCCGCAGUGUGAGCUCAAUAAACGCCCGCUGUGGUCGUUGCUGUUCCAGCC